AUGGAGCGGCUGGAUCUGCCCAGAGAAAUCCUUGCACAGGUAUUAUCAUGUCUGCCCCCUGCAGACAUCGUCCACGUUGGCCAGACUUGCAAGGCUGCCCAUGAAUUCGUCCGUCCCCAAAACCAGAUUCUCUGGAGGUCAGCUUUCUUGCAUGUCUUUGAUGACCCCAACGAUGCUUGGUCCAUGAUGCCCGGUCACACUUCGCUGGCGGCAGAGCGUGGAUGGGACUGGCAUCGCGAACUCUCGGCGAGAAUGGCGGCUUUGCGAGGUGUACAGUCCAAACGGUGUGGGCUUGACAGUCGUGGGAAAGCCUAUCUCGAAGCUCUACUCGACAUCCUCGACACGGCCAAAUUUGCACUCUCUACACGUGAUAUUGCUAGCGGCAAAACCCCGAAGGAGGACGACCGGACAACCUCGUUGAAUCUCCAAAUUCUUUCCGAUCUGAUUGCCCAUCGGGAGGGCAUCGAGAGUCUCAUCCACGAUGUGGGGUCGCAGAGGAUGGUGCGGCGCGCCAGAUCCGAUGAAUGUACGUUGGCCUCGACACUGCGUUUCACCAGAAGCAUGACCGCAUGCGAGAAUGAUAAGAAUCGGCCAGAGUCUGCCUCUCGGCUCCACGUACUUUACGGGUUGACGACUCGAGAGCGCAUCGAGCACAGGGCCAGAGGUGCUGCCAGACGAAAAGUGUACAACUGGAGUCUGAGCGGACCAGACAAUGAUUACGGCCCCUUCCAUCGGGACGGAAGUGGGAAGGUCGACUGGUCCCUCCUUGAGGCUGUCGUCAGCGUUAUCAGUCUCAAUUUUUCCAUGUGUGUUGAAGGCCGCAUUGCCAUGCCACAAGGUUUCUGCUAUUCUCUCCCUCACCGCACUCUGACCGAUCCAACGACCCCAAAUGAUUGGGCGCGUGUUACCGGGACUUGGCUCGGGACGUACUCAUGGCUCGACUACGCCGACCUCGUCUCCUUCAAUACCUGGACGAGUGACUUUGCCGCUCAGCCGACCCUGGACGACGAACCUGAAGACUGUGGCGAUCUCAUGAAGCUUGAACUCAAGCUAGAUGACGCCGUUUCUCAUGACCCACGCCUAUUUACGACCCUUGCUGUGUGUACUGACUUACCUGUAUUGUACUUCUCCGGCCUUUCUCGUGGCCAUGCUGGCAUACACCGGCCGGUCAUAGGAGUUCGAGGUUGUGCUAGCCUUGUUCCCGGCGGACGAGAGGUAAGAUGGAGAUUUAUCAUCAAUUACGGCGGUCAAGAUCAGUGGCAGCUGGAAGGUGUCCAGCCAGGCGGCGUCAGAUCAGGAGGUGUGUUUGGGCUAUGGACGCAAUGUGAUCAUGAGGAGAGCGGACCAGUCGGACCAUUCUGCUAUUUCCCCACCGAGCUUUGCAAGUCAACCAGCGUUGUCCUGGCUACUUGA